UUGUCCCCUUUCAGACUGUUUUGGUCUUUUCGCUGUUAGCAACGGAAAGAAACCCGAGAUAGCUGUAAACCGUAUUUUGAGAUAAUCUAAUUUUGUUGUUAGGACUACAUAAGAAAUCGACAAGAGGUGUUACAUCCAUGUUUAUUUCGGAAGAGUAAUUGGCGCGCGUUGUCUUUUUUAAAUAUUGUUUAUUUCUGUUUUAAUAGGAAUUGUACAGAUUGCUAAUCCAGCUAGCGACUGUUAGCCAGCUAGCUUCAUAGCAUAGCAUCUCCCUCCAGAGGCACGUUGACGUUAGCCUGCGAGCUGUCACACAAACACACACACACCGUCUCGUCGUCAAGAAGCUGCGGUGUGAAGCUGGUCGUUUUGAGACGCUGUCUUUUAUGGGAUCACAAUGUCAAUGAAGGCCGGUGGAAAUCGCAGCAAGCCCGGCGGCGGCAACACCGCUGGUGCCGCCGCCUCCGGUGCCGGAGGAAGCGGCGGGGGAAGACAGAAUCUGGGCAGAGGAAGACACAGUGGUAAAGGUCCCGCAGCAGUCAAUUUCAAUGGUGUAUAUGCAAAUAUGAGGAUGGUCCAUGUCUUGACUUCAGUGGUGGGGGCCAAGUGUGAGCUGAAAGUGAAAAACGGAGCAGUCUAUGAAGGAGUAUUUAAGACAUACGGUCCAGAGUGUGACCUGGUGUUGGAUGCAGCCCACAGAAAGAGCCCCGAGCCAAGCAUAGCCCCCAGGAAAGAAGAUAUUGUGGAGAGCAUCAUUUUCAAGGCCUCAGAUGUGGUAGUGGUGACCUUCAAAGAUGUGGACCUGAAUUUUGCCAGGAAAGUCUCCUCUGACACAGACAACUUCACAGAUGCAGCAGUGAGCAGUAGGAUCAAUGGCGAGCAUAAAGAGAAAGAUCUAGAGCCCUGGGAUGGAGGAGAGACCCACAACUCUGACAGCCUUGAGUCUCUGGAUACGGAUGUGUCAAACGGGUGGGACCCCAAUGACAUGUUCAAGUACAAUGAGGAGAAGUAUGGAGUGUUGUCUACAUAUGACAGCAGCCUGUCCACAUAUACGGUCCCCCUGGAGCGGGACAACUCAGAAGAGUUCCUCAAGAGGGAGGCGCGUGCCGCCCAGCUGGCAGAGGAGAUUGAGGCCAGUGCCACAUACAAGGCCCGUGUGGCCCUGGAGAACGAUGAACGCUCCGAGGAGGAGAAAUAUACUGCUGUGGUGCGAGGGGAAAGGGAGACUCACACACUUAGCAGAGAGAACAAGUACAUUCCUCCAGGUCAGAGAAACAGGGAGGCGAUGUCCUGGGGACCGGGACGUCAGAAUUCACCUCGUCUGGCUCAGAGCUCAGCUGGGCCCUCAGCUCCUCGACCAGGACCUCACGACUACAGUCCCAGCUCUGGAGCCGACCAGAGGGUGGUUAACGGAGGUUCAUCCCAUUGGCCCUCACCCUGUCCGUCUCCUUCCUCCCGCCCCCCCUCUCGUUACCAGUCUGGCCCCUCCUCCCUGCCUCCCCGGGCGACCACGCCCACCAGGCCACCCUCCAGACCCCCCUCUCGACCUUCCAGGCCUCCCUCUCAUUCAUCCCACCCCUCCUAUCCCUCCUCCUCAUCCUCCUUUUCUCACCAUGGGCCCACGUCGCCAGCCUCUACUCUGCCCAAACGCAUGUCUUCAGAAGGUCCACCCAGGAUGUCUCCAAAAUCCCAGCGGACGCCUCGUGCUCACAGAGUGCCACCCUGCCGGACCACUGGAGUCCCUCCAGGAGUGGAUUUAAUUUCCCACAAUGCCCCUGGAGAGGUCCCAGUGACUCCACCAACCAGGAGCAGCUCCUCUGGAGGGACAUGGUCCUCGGUGGUUAGUGGAGCUCACAGACCUCGCUCCCCCCGGCAGAACAGUAUGGGUGGAGCCUCCACUGGCUCCUCCUCCCUCCCGUCACCCCAGACAGGAACAGCUCCUGUGGAAACUGCUGCUACACCUACGUCGGCUUCCUCUCCUACUGCUGCUAGCCCCGCCCCCAACAUGGUUGCCUCUCCUUCAGGAGAUGCAAAAGAGUGUCGUGUCCAGGAGACAAGACAAACAUCACCUACGGCAAACAAGGAGAACAUCAAGCCCUUGGACAGCUCACCUAGUAUCACCAGACCAGUCUGUAAAGGACCCCCUUCUAUGGCACCAGACCACAGAAAACAAAUAGAUAAUUUAAAGAAAUUUAGUGUAGAUUUUAGGUUGCAGUCUAGUUCAAACUCAGACGCUGCCUUUGACCAGAUGAUGACCAAGCCUCCCAGAGAUCCAGCAGACAAGCCUAAAGACCUUCCCCUGGACAAAGCCUCCACAGCGGGGCGGGAGGGCUCCGAAGAGGGUGUUGUGAUUGCUGCUGGUACCUCCGGUGGUGCCUCUGCUCCAUCCAACGCCACCACAAACACCAGUAAGCCUGGCAGCCCCGCUGCACUGUCCCCGUCUCCUUCAGCCCCAGACCAGAAGAGGGCGGGGCUUGAUGUGACAUCGCAGGGAGUUCAGACGACAGCGACGUCCACAUUCAGUGGACCCAAGCAUGAAGAGAAAGAGGAGAAAAAGGAGGCAGUACAAGAUCAAGUGAGAAAAUCAACCCUGAACCCAAAUGCCAAUGAGUUCAAACCCAGGUUCAAUACGCAGCCCAAACCAGCCAACACCCCGACGCCUCCCCGGCCUCAGGGCCAGCCCAGCCCCUCCAUCGUGGUGCAGCAGCCCACGGCUGUGUACGGCCAGACAGUCUGCUUCCCCCAGAUGUAUCCCCUCACACCAGUCAGCCCCGGAGUGCAGAAAAGCAUAAUAUGGAAGUCUCCAGCUAUGUACCAGGUUCAGAUGCCUCAUAUGACAGUCAGCCAGUCUAAACCCUACAGACCAGGUAAAGUACCCAACAUGCCCCAGCAGAGGUCGGACCAGCACCACCCCCCUGGCACGCCCACCAUGAUGCACCCAGCGACGGCAGCAGGUCCACCUAUUGUAGCACAGAGCCCCGCCUACUCUACCCAGUACUUCACCUGCAGCCCGCAGCAGUUCACCAGUCAGCAGCUGGUCCAGCCCAUGACACAUUAUCAAUCACAGCCGCAGCAUGUGUUCAGUCAGGUUAUGCAGGGCAACGCCAGGAUGAUGGCCCCUCCUACGCAUGGCCAACCCAGCCUUGUCUCUUCCUCAACUACACAGUACCCAGAGCAGACACACACCAUGUAUGUGUCUCCAGGGCCGAUGCCUCAGCAGUACCCCCACCCCAGCGCAACCUUGCACCCUCACCCACAGCACCCCCAGCCCUCUGCCACACCUACAGGCCAAGGCCAGCAGGGUGGUCCCCCACAACAUGGAGGCCCUCCUAGCCACCCAGCUGCCAGCCCAGUACAGCACCAGCAGCACCAGCAGGCAGCAGCAGCGGCAGCAGCAGCCCAGGCCCUCCACCUGGCCAACCAGCCCCCGCAGCAGCAGAUGUACUCUGCUUUGGCCGCCACGCCCCCCUCCAUGACCCCGGGGCCCAACCCUCAGUCUCCCCAGGCAUCGUUCCCCUCUGCCCAGCAGACUGUCUAUAUACACCCACAGCAGGUGCAGCACGGCUACAACCACAACCACAUGGCACACGUGCAGCAGGUAGGUCACAACCACAGCAGCUCCAGCCAAGUAAUCAGAUUGGCAGUGUUUCCUGUGAGGGGAUUUUGAAUGUGGGAGUGAAUAAAUCUGGGAUCACUUCCAGCAGGUGUUUAAGUUUAUGAAUGGUCAUAUUUAGGUGAUAAUGCUGCGAGUGCAGUGGAUGGUUGUUUGGCAGUCUGACCCAGUUCAGGUUAGGAUGCGUAUCAUUUCUCUUCUUGUAGGUGAGUUUUAGUUAUGAGAGGAAGAACAACGCUUUUUCAUUCAGUCCAACCGUGUUCUAAUAGAUAAUAGAUGCAGUGCUAACUCUUUGGUAACCGUGGAGUUGUGGCCAUUUUCUGUCAGUUCACCGCUCUCGGAAAUACACUCAUUCGCUUUGGUUAGAGAGUUAGAUGAGAAUAUCUUUACACACAGACACAAUCUGUGUGUGUGUGAGUAAAGUAUGGACUUUGACUCAGGACGGUAUGAUUACACACUAACGUAAACAUACCUCUGAAUAUUCUGUUUCUGCCAACAGGGCCUCCGAAAUGUUGAACACUGCACCUUUUUAAACGUUUAUCUUUGUUUAAUCUGCUCACAAACAGAAGCGUAAAAGUGAAGUAGUGACUGUGUGCAGCUCCGUGGAGUCUUUAACAUCACAGUGUGGUUGUCAGGUUUAACACCUUAGUUCCUGUACAGAGACCCCUUAGACCAAAACCUGUUCCCACGAAAGCCACACAUUGCACUUUUUACAUUUCAGUUGUGUGUAAGGAUUAAACAAAUGAGAGACAUCAUGUGAAUUCAUGUUUUAGAUUUGUUAGUAGUAAGUUGAACUUUUAGAGAAGGCCAGACCGGCUGUUUUCCCCUUCCUCGCACUGUUACCGUAUGCUAAGCUAGCUAGUCUAAUUGCCUCCCGACUCCAGCUUCAUACUUAAUGCACAAACAUGAGACUAAUAUUGAUCUCUUCUCACUCUCAAAGAGAAAGCAAAAUAGUUUUGCUCAAAAAAUAUAUCUAUUUAACAAAUGCAGACUUGUUGGCUGAAAAAAAUAUAUCUGUCAGCAAAAUUCCUAAAUAGUUCUGCAUCAUAUUAGUCAUUUGUUUGGCACAAGCAUGCUCUACUCCACGUCCCCCCACACCCUGGUCACAACCACAGAGGCAGGAGCUGUGAACGCUGUAACACCGAAACCGCCUGUUUCAUCUUUUUAAUGAACUUGUCUCUCUUCCUUCCGUCUGUCUUCCGCUGUCGUUCUCACUUUGUGUCACACUUUUGCCCUCGCCGUCACACUCACUGACACAC